AUGGUGAGAAUCCAGAAAGUAGAAUCUUUUUACGCUAAGCUUCGUGAAGCCGCUACUUCCUCAUCUUCUCUUAAUCCUCUCUUGAUAUUCCCUUCUUCAUCUGAUGUCGAUUCGAUUUGCGCCCUCAAGGUCAUAACACACAUCCUCGAAACAGAUUCGAUUCACUACUCGUGUUUCCCAGUCUCGUCCUUUCUUGAGAUCCACAAGUACGCUGGUCCUGGCCUCUGUUCUUCUUCGGAGUCUCCCGUCACCAUACUGUUGAUUAAUUGGGGUUGUCACCGUGAUUUGAAGCUUGUGCUUAAGCUAGGUCCUGCGGCACGUGUCUUUGUGGUGGAUAGUCACAGGCCUAUUCAUUUGCAUAAUCUGAGUGAUGAGAAUCAUCAGGUUGUUGCUCUUUAUACUGAUGAUGAUGAGAGGCAAGCGGAUCUCGCUUAUGAUUUCGAUGUGUUGAAGCUGGCUAACGAGAGCUUUCGGAUGCAUCAAGAAACAGGUGAUGAAUCUGAUGGUGAAGACGAGGAUGAAGUAGAAGAAGAAGAUGAAGAUGAAGAUGAAGAGAGUGAUGGUGAUAGGCCAAGUAAGAGGAGGAGAAUGGGUGAUGGUGUGAAGCUUUUCAAGAAGCUAAAGAGGGAUUAUUACAAGAUGGGGACUUUCCAUGGGAAACCCUCUGGGUGUUUGUUGUUUGAGCUGUCUCACUUUUUGAGGAAGAACACCAACGAGUUGCUCUGGCUGGCUUGUGUUUCCUUGACUGAUCAGUUUGUUCACGAAAGGUUAACCGAUGAAAGAUACCAAGCUGCGGUUAUGGAGCUUGAGCAACACAUCAAUAGCUCUGGGAACAUUGACAAGAUCACUUCCGUUACUCUCAAAGAUGGAACCAAGGUUCGAGCGCCUGACUGUUCAAGAAUCUCUUACGAAGAAGAGCCUAGGCUUAUGCUGCUUAGAGAGUGGAACUUGUUUGACUCCAUGCUUUGCUCCUCAUACAUUGCAACUAAACUCAAGACGUGGAGUGAUAACGGGAUCAAGAAACUUAAACUUCUUCUAGCACGUAUGGGGUUUGCGCUUAUCGAGUGCCAGCAGAAGUUUCCGUACAUGAACAACGAGGUGAAGAGGAAAAUGAAGCAAGAGUUUGAUCGGUUUUUGCCAGAGUAUGGUUUAAAUGAUUUCUACUACAGGAGUUUCUUGCGUCUUCAUGGAUACAGCUCAAGGGUCUCUGCAGCUGAUGUUGUCUAUGGUAUUACAGCGCUUCUUGAGUCGUUUCUUGGUUCAGGUGGCUCCUCUGCUUCUAAACAGUUUGGAGAAGCUUAUGAUGCUUUGUCAUUGAACAAUCUGGAUAAACUUCGUUCCGGUAUGCAACAAGCAAUCAGGGUACAAAGAGCAAUUCUCAGACAAGGAAGUGCAGCGAUCACCAAAACCGGAUGCAUCCGGAGUGGAAGGAAGUUCAGAUGGGUGAAGGUUGAGGAUUCUAUUGAUGCUAAGUAUUUGGGAUAUCCUCAGGCUUUGACCAAGUUCUGCUACUUUCUAAUGGAUGCCUUGAGAGAGAAAGGAGCGAGGAUGAAACCGAUGCUAUGUGCUUGCACAUCCCAAGAACCAGGGAAGAUACUUGUGGUUGGAGUUUGUGGGAAGCCGAGGCUUGGUGCAGUGAGAGGGAACGCGUUUGGUAAUGCUUUCAGAAAAGCAGCUCAAGAGAGUAGAGCUGAUUACUUCCAUGAGCUAUUCGAGUCUUCAUGGAUCGUCUUGGAUGCUUCUGCGGUUAACUCUUUCAUGAUUAGAUUAACUGAGAAGCUUUGACAUACAACUCUCAAGGUAUCUAUUUGUUAUUCGACUCAUUGUGUUUUUCCUUUUCUAAUUUUUAGUUUUUCUUUUGUCCCACAUUGUUCGGAAUUUUACGAGCCUUUUGUAAUAGGCAGAGUUGUUAUCAGUCAUGUAACUUGUUUAAUC